UUUCAAUAAAACACAAGGGGGUUUCACUAAUUUGCCCUUAAUUUUUUUAAUUUUACCACCCUCAGUUCAUCAUCUUCAUCACUCGUCGGUUAGUCUCACUGAUGAAAAACUGUCGAGAGCUUUGCCCAGUCCGAUUCCGAUUACUCAUUUCUUUAAACAUUUUUUCAUGAAAGGUCAGCCACCUUCACCUUCAUCUUCUUAUUUAAUUUAAUUUCAUUAAUUGGAUUAAAACCCAGUUUUCUUUUAUCAUUUCUGAACAAUGGGUAUUUUUCAAUUGCGUCAAUUUUCAAAUCUGCUAGAUUCUAUGUCCAUGAACCCUAAUUCUCCCAAAACCCUAAUUUUCAGGAAGAAUUGGAAUCUAAUCCCAAUUCCCAAUAGAACACUCCCUGAACCAAAGGGUCAAGAUCUUGAUUUUGUUAAUGUUGCUUACAGUCAUUUAAUUCACUCUGACUGGGAAAAACUUGGGUCUUUGUCUACCCGUUUGACACCAUUUAGAGUUAAGCACAUUUUGCUCAAGACUCAAAAAGAUCAUGUUUUAUCUCUUGAAUUCUUUAACUGGGUUCAAACCCGUAACCCCGAUUCGCAUACGCUUGAAACCCGGUCAAUGAUUCUUCACAUUUUGACGAAAAACCGAAAAUUUAAAUCUGCCGAGUUCAUUUUGAAGAGUGUUCUUGUUAAGGGUUUAUCUAUUGAUUUUCCGGAUAAGCUGUUUGAAGCGAUUCUUUAUUCUUAUCGAAUGUGUGAUUCUUCACCUCGUGUGUUUGAUUCGUUGUUUAAGACGUAUGCGCAUAUGAAAAAGUUUCGGAAUGCUACUGAUACGUUCUUUCAGAUGAAGGGUUAUGGAUUUUUGCCUACUGUUGAGUCUUGCAAUGCUUAUUUGAGCUCGCUGAUUGAUUUAAAUCGGGUGGAUAUUGCGUUGAGAUUUUAUAAAGAAAUGCGAAAAUGUAGGAUAUCGCCAAAUGUGUACACUUUAAACAUGGUUAUGUCUUCGUUUUGCAAAUCGGGAAAACUUGAAAAGGCGGUUCAAGUGUUUGAGGAAAUGGAAAGAGUCGGAAUCAGUCCUAAUGAUACGUCUUACAAUACCUUGAUUGCUGGGUAUUGUCGGAAUGGUCUUUUGAACUCAGCUGCGAAGCUUAAAAACUCGAUGAGGGAGAAAGGUGUGGAGGCAAAUGUGGUUACUUACAAUAGUCUGAUUAAUGGAUUUCGCAAACAAGGGAACAUGAAUGAAGCUAGUAGAGUUUUUAGUGAGAUGAAAGUCUUGAAUGUGGCUCCUAAUACCAUAACUUAUAAUACGUUGAUAAAUGGAUACAGCCGAGCUGGGAAUACCGAAAUGGGGAGAAGGUUACAUGAGGAAAUGUCAAGGGAUGGGGUAAAAUCGGAUAUAUUGACGUAUAAUGCGUUGAUUUUGGGUCUUUGCAAGGAGGGUAAGACCAAGAAAGCUGCAUAUAUGGUUAAAGAGCUUGAUAAAGAAAAUUUAGUCCCAAAUGCCUCGACCUUUUCGGCUCUUAUUACGGGUCAGUGUAUGAGAAAUAACUCAGACCGCGCCUUUCAGUUGUAUAAAAGUAUGACGAGGGCUGGUUGUCAUCCUAACGAACAAACUUUCGACAUGCUGUUAUCUUCCUUCUGCAAGAAUGAGGAUUUUGAAGGAGCAUUUCAAGUCUUGAUUGAAAUGUUUGAAAGGUGUGUGUCUCCUGGUUCUGAUGUUUUGUUGGAAAUUUACAACGGGCUUUGCCAAAGUGGAAAAGAACAUUUAGCGAUGAAUUUAAGCGGAAAAUUGAAAGAUAGACAUGUAAUGACAGAAUGUGUUGAAGAAGUUGAACCUAUCAACUCAACAGUAGAGAGAUGAGAUGAUGUUUGAUGAGGCAUUUGUACAUAAUUAAUUAGAUUGUGCUUGUUCUUCAUCUGUAAGUUUUACAAGCUUAGGUGCCAUUUGGUUGGUAUUUUUGAAAUACUGCUUCUAAACAAUGAGCAAAAUCAUCUCAAUUUAUAAAAGUGUAAGGAAACCAUAAUGAGUUUAGCCUUCUAAUAAUUCUCAUGACCAUGAGUUGCUGCAUUA